GUUCGGUUGUUUGCCGAAGCCACUGUAUUGACAGAACGUCUAAAAAACAAGCUGGUGGUGCUCUAAUAUUUUAUCUAUAAAAGCUUGUGUGAGAAAAUAACAUGACAGUACCAUCAAGCAAGGAAAGAGCCCUUGGUAUUACUACAUUAGGAAGAAAAGUAAUCACAAACAAUGAAUUCUUUAGGCAAAAAUAAUAAACCUCAUAUUGUGUGUAUCCCAUAUCCAGCACAAGGUCAUAUAAACCCUAUGCUUAAACUAGCAAAACUUCUUCAUUUCAAAGGUGGUUUUCAUGUCACCUUUGUUAACACUGAAUACAAUCACAAACGUCUUCUCAAAUCUAGAGGUCCCAAUUCUCUAAACGGACUCCCAUCUUUCCGAUUUGAAACCAUUCCCGAUGGUCUACCUGAGACCGAUGUCGAUGUCACCCAGGAUGUUCCAUCUUUGUGUGACUCCACUAGGAAAACAUGCUUACCUCACCUGAAAAAACUUAUAUCUAGACUCAAUAAUGCUGUGGACAUCCCUCCUGUUACUUGCAUGGUUGCUGAUGGUGUAAUGAGUUUUGCUUUGGAAGCUGCUCAAGAAAUUAGUAUCCCUGCCGUGAUUUUUUGGACUACUAGUGCUUGUGGCUUCAUGGGUUACCUUCAAUAUCGUAUGUUAAUUGAAAAGGGCUUUACACCACUAAAAGAUUCAAGUUAUAUGACAAAUGGGUAUCUGGAUACUAUACUUGAUUGGGUGCCAGGUAUAAAAGAAAUACGACUAAAGGACAUUCCAAGUUUCAUAAGAACUACAGACCCAAAUGAUGUUAUGCUUGACUUUGUAUUAGGGGAAUGCCAAAGAGCUCUAAAAGCUUCCGCAAUCAUUUUAAACACCUUUGAUGCCUUAGAACAUGACGUUUUACAAGCAUUCUCUUCCAUUAGUAAUUUACCUCCGGUCUAUUCCAUUGGUCCAUUAAAUUUUCUUUUGAAAGAAGUCACAGAUAAUGAAUUGAACUCAAUUGGAUCCAAUCUUUGGAAAGAAGAACGAGAGUGUUUAGAAUGGCUAGAAAGCAAAGAACCAAAUACUGUUGUUUACGUCAAUUUUGGAAGUGUCACUGUAAUGACAAAUGACGAAUUAGUUGAAUUUGCUUGGGGACUUGCUAAUACCAAGAAAACAUUUUUAUGGGUUAUAAGACCAGAUCUUGUGACGGGUGAAAAUGCUGUUUUACCGCGAGAGUUUUUGGAAGAGACGAAACAUAGAGGAUUCAUGUCAAGUUGGUGUCCACAAGAAGAAGUUUUG